AGUUUCGACUCCUGGCACCCACAGAGCCCUGUGUUUUCUUUGGUAGAAUACAGGAGGGGUUUACCAUUGCCUCCUCCCGUGCAGUAUGAGAUGAUGCCCAUAUAGUUGCAGUGGGGAUUCGAACCGGAAACCUUAUUCUUGUUAGUCAAGCAUUUCCCCACUGCGCCACUUCAUAAGGCUCCAGAUAAAAGUGUGUGUGUAUGUGGGGGGGUAACUCAGGGCCUUUCCCAGACAGCAGGAUUUAAGAGGGGUGAAAUACUGCAAGUUAAAGAGCAUAUAGGAUAUUUUGAAUUUGCGCAAAAACUUGACUCAAAAAGUGGAUUUUUUUAACCCCAGAUGUAAAUUGGGCUAAGCUCCAAUGUGCAGUGAAAAACAUGAAUCAUUUAUUGAGUGCUCCCUGAUAGCCCGCAGGGACUUAGACGUAAAUCUAAACAAUAUGUGUGAACGCACACCUGCUCUUCCAAAGUAAAAUCGCUGACACCAUCUGCCAUGGCUGCAGGAUAGUUAUUGUUAGCUUUAUUCCGGCUCACGAGCAAGUAAGUUAAAUUCAUUGCUGCAAAAAUUUCCUAUGGACCACCAGGACAACCCCAUGGACCCCAGGGGGUUCAUGGCCCGCAGGAUUAAGAUUCCCUGCCCCUAGGUGGUGAAUGGCAUGAGGCAAACAAAUCUGUAUGGCCAGAUUUACAUAAUGUCAAUGUGGGAUUCUCACAUGAGAAAAGACUGCUGCCUUUCCCAAAGUUACUACUUGCAAUUCUAAAGUGCUGAAGUUCAGUACUAAGAAUUGAGAAAAUAGCCAUGCUAUUUCCCCCUUCCCCCCAAGUCCUGCUGCCUCACCGUGGCUGGGGGGGGGGGUUUGUUCCUGGGAGGGAUGAGCGAAGUAUGCUGGGAGGUAUAUUCCCAGUAGGGUCAGCCAAAGUGCGAAGGUCAUCCCAGUUGCCCAGCUAAAGCAAGCAGGCACCUAUAUUGGGCAGCAGCAAUAUAGGAAGGUGCUGGAGUCGGACGAUCAUUUCAGUGACAACAACAAAGGCAUCAUUUCAUAAUGCACAGGAGAAGGCAAUGAUAAACCCCUCCUGUAUUUGACCAAGAAAACCACAUGGAUAGACAAAAUGGAAUGAUUGUCGAUGUAGUGCCAGAUAAUGGGCCCCUCAGGUCGGAUAGUACUCAACAUGCUACUGAGGAAGAGCUGAGGAUCUCUCAGAGUACCAAUGGUGUUUAUGACGCAGUUAGACUAAAACCUUUUGGACGUCUAGCAGCUGAUGUUGCCAUGCGGGGGUGGGGGUGGGGAAUAUGAAGCUGCAAAGACAGAAUUACAAUGGGAACGUGGAACGUAAGAAGCAUGAGUAUGGGAAAGCUCGACACAGUGAAAGAUGAAAUGAAUCGACUACAGAUUGGCAUCUUAGGCAUCAGUGAAUUAAAAUGGACUGGAAUGGGACACUUUCAGUCUCCCAUUCUGUUUCCUACUCAGGAAAACCAAAGAAGGAACAGUGUUGCUUUCAUAAUCAGGAAGGAUAUAGCAAUGACAGUACUUGGAUACAAUGCAGUCAGUGACCGACUAAUAUCAAUUAGAUUUCGUGAACAACCCUUUAGCAUGACAGUUCUUCAAGUCUAUGCCUCAGCAACUGAUUGAGUUGCCUCAACAACAAAGAGGAAGUUGAUGAGUUUUAUGCUCACGUUCAGUCUGAAAUUGACAAAACAUGCGAGCAAGAUGUGCUGCUGGUGGUUGGAGACUGGAAUGCCAAAGUUGGAAAAGGUAAGGAGGAAAACACAGUCGACCUAUAUGGCCUAGUUCCAAGUCAAGCUAAAGCAGAAAAACCGAGCUAUCCAGCUUCCACGAUGUGAUCUUGAGAAUAUACCCACCAUUUUCAAGGAGAACAUCAGGAACCGCUUUGAAGUUCUGAACCUCAUUGAUAGGGACCAGAGGAAAUGUGGAAUGAAAUCAAAGGUUGUUAAGGAUGAAUGUGAAAAGAGACUGCCAAAGACCAAGAAACAGAAGAAAGCAAAAUGGAUGUCAGAACAGACGGUGGAAAUUGCCAAGAAGAAGAGAGAAGCCAAAGUCACUUAACAAAGGAACUUAAUAGGGAAUUUCAGAAAGCUGUUAGAAGAGACAAGGAGCAGUACUACAAUGACAUCUGUAAAGACCUUGAGGAUGGAAAUAGACACGGAAAAACAAGGAAUGUUUUCCAAAAGAUCUCUGAACUCAGAAGGAGGUUCCAACCUCAAAUCGGUAUGUUAAGAGAUGCCAAAGGACAGAGAGUAACUGAUUCUGAGAAGAUCAGAGAUGGAAGGAGUAUACUGAAAAUCUGUACAGCAAGAAUGGCAACAUCCAAGAUACUCUAGAAGAUAUUCCCUACUUGCAAGAACCUCUAAUACAGGAAGAUGAAGUUAGAUCAGCAUUCCAGUCAUUACCAAGUUGGAAGGCUACAGGAAUUGAUGGAAUAGCUACAGAAAUAUGGCAGGCAACAGAAGAAGAAUCAGUCAAGGCUCUAACCAAACUAUGCCAGCAAAUUUGGAGAACGACACAGUGGCCAACAGAUUGGAAGAGGUCAGUCUACAUACCCAUACCAAAGAAAGGAGACUUAACAGAUUGCAUAAACCACUGCACAAUAUCCUUAAUUUCAUGUGCUAGCAAAAUAAUGCUCAGGAUCAUCCAACGCAGAUUAGAGUCCUACGUGGAAAGGGAAAUGCCAGAUGUUCAAGCUGAUUUCAGAAAAGGCCGAGGAACAAGAGACAUCAUUGCCGAUGCACGCUGGAUAAUUGAGAAAGCCAAAGAAUACCAGAAAGAAGUCAAUAUGUGCUUUAUUGACUACAGAAAAGCCUUCGAUUGCAUCAACCAUGUCAGGUUGUGGAAUAUCCUUAGGAAAAUGAGCGUCCCAGAACAACUCAUUGUUCUCAUGAGAAACCUAUACACAGGACAGGAAGCCGCAGUCCAGACAGAACAUGGUGAAACAGACUGGUUCCAUAUCGGCAAAGGAGUAAGACAAGGCUGUAUAUUCUCUCCUUCUUUAUUCAGUUUAUAUGCUGAACAUAUACUGAGAGAAGAUGGAUUGGAAGAAGAUGUGUGGCUUUAAUGUUGGAGGAAGAAACAUCAAUAACCUGCGCUACACUGAUGACACCACUCUGAUAGCUGAGAAUGCGGAUGAUCUGCAAGCUCUAGUAAUGAAAGUUAAGGAGCACAGUGAAAAAAUGGGACUAUAACUAAACUAAUGACAACGGGUACAGCAACCAGCCUCAGAAUUGACAAUGAAGACAUUGAAGUGGUGGAUAGCUUCUAUCUUUUAGGAUCAACCAUCAAUAGUAAAGGAUCCAGCAGCCAAGAAAUAUACCGCCGACUAGCACUUGGUAGGGUUGCAAUGAAGGCCUUGGAAAGGAUAUUUAAAUGCCGUGACAUGUCUACACCUACAAAGAUUAGAAUAGUUUGGACAAUGGUUUCCCCCACGACACUCUAUGGAUGCGAAAGUUGAACUUCGAAGUAGCAAGAUAGAAAAAGCAUUGAUGCUUUUGAACUUUGGUGCUGGAGAAGACUUUUGAGGAUACCACAGACAGCCAGGAAAACAAACAAAUGGAUCAUAGAACAAAUCAAUCCAGAAUUUUCACUUGAGGCACAAAUGACCAGGCUCAAACUAUCAUACUUUGGACACAUUAUGCGCAGACCCAGCUCCCUUAGUCUACAAUGCUGGGAAAAGCUGAAGGAAAGAGAAGAAGAUGACCAGCAGCAAGGUGGAUGGACUCGGUUACAACAGCAAUGAAUGCACCACUGAGAGACCUUAAAGGCCUCUUGAAUACAGAUCAUCCUGCAGAGAAUCUAUGUAUGUGGUCACUAAGAGUCAACACCGACUUGACGGCCCUUAAUCAAUCAAUCAAUGAAUCAAUCAAUCAAUUUUCCCCUUAGGGGGGAUUCAUUCAUGACACAUACAGUGUGUUUAAUGGUGGUUCGCUUUGCAUCUCUAAUGAGAUGCAUGUGAGUGUGGAGAAGAUCUAGUCACUCAUGCUUCUGCUCAGCACCAGGUCCAAAGCCACCAUCAGAACAAGUCUGUUUGACUUAUGGAUCAUUGCACAGUGUACCCAAAAGUGGACCAUUUAAUAUUUUUAGCUUGAAAGAAUGAGUUGGUGGUAUGAAAGAGUUAAACAUUGCCUCACCCUCCCUGGCAACACCUCUCUGCUCCCAACCAUCCCCUCCUGAAGCAGCAUUCCAGAUUUAAAAGAUUGGGCUUCAAAGUUGUGAGUUUAAUUUGGUCUGGCCUUUACUCCCUAGUAGCUUGCCUGAAUGCAACCUUAAAGUGUAUUUUUGCUUCCUAUGCUCUGUUGGUGUACAGGAUGGAAAGUGGAAGAGAUCUAAUUUUAAAUUAAAUGUGCAUACUAACUACUGUAGCUUUUAUGUUUGAAUUACAGGCACAGGAAAUGCAAAGCCAAUUUAAGCAUCGCUUUUGAAAAAGGCAUAAGUGGCUACAUGUUGCUAAGCAAUUCUACUAAUGAGAAAAGGGAUGAAUUAAAGAUAUUAUUCAAAAUCAAUAGGUCAGGGGGCCGCUAAGACCCACAAGAGGGAACUUCUCAUCACAUCAGCAAACCAUGGCAGAGACGAGAAGCCUCUCAGGCUAGGGUGGAUGCUGAAUGGGGCUAAUGCUGCUGCUGCUGCUGCUGCUCCUCUGGCUGGCUGGCAAGCUGGAAAGUUGGAAACUGGGAGCUGUGGCCUGACUGCUGUGUGACUGAACCACAAUCCUAAGAAAACAGCUCCAUCAGUCACAAUCGAAGCCAAGGCAAUGUCUUCGCUGGUGAAGGAGGACCUUAACAAGAAACUCUUCAAAACCCUUGGGCAGAGUUUGUAUGAAUUCAUUGAAGUUGAAUGCUCAGCACAGGAUCGCUUCUACCUCUGUGCUUCAGUGACAAAAGGUGAAGAAGUACAAAUAACUAUGGUGAAACACUUCCGAGUUGGCCUCGAUGAGAAAUAUGAAAUAGCUGAGAAAUGGUUCCUUGACGAUCUGGAGAUGAUUGAUGGGAAAGAGGCUGAUGCUGAUAACCCAUGGUUUGAUAUGCAUUUCAAGAAAGUCUACAGUUGGGAAGCUUACAGCUGUGCAUCUAAAUAUGCUUUUGCACGAACAUUAAAUAAAUUAAAUGAGAUGUAUCUUCAGAAAGACCUGAAGAUUGUGAACUUUGAUUUUACCUACAUCAAUAGCGAUUCAAUCUGGGCAUCCAACAAUGGGGACUGUUUAGUACUUUUGAGGAUCUGCUUCUAUGCAUCCAACCUUUUGUGUCUGUCUCUGUGUCCUCUGCCAGUCUAACCAUAAUUGCUUUCAUUAGAUUAGGACAAAAUUUCACAUUACAUUUUUUAGAAACAUAGAUGUUCACUACUGUGUCAGGCUUUACACUUUUCAUAAGGUACAUUUUUUUGUAAUAACUUGGAGUGUCUCCACUCCCACAACAGAAAGUCUUGACUUCUCAUGCUUAAAAUAUUGAAUUCCUAAGUACUCAUUUUAGCAUCAUGAAGAGCAUAAAUAAUGUAAGCCUUUAGGGAUGUGCAAAUCAAUUCGGGUACAAAUCGAUUUGUACCCAAAUCUAGCUGAUUUGAGCGAUUUGGAAACAGAACAAAUUGCCCCCGUAGUCCAUUGGCUAGAUUCGGGUCCAAAUCAAAUCACGCCUGAUUCGAUUCAAAUAGCUUUGAGAUUCGGAUUCCUCCUAUCAUUUCCCCCAGAAUCCCAGCUUUCAUUUUUUUAAAAAAAUGCUAAGCUCUAGCCCUUGUAGAAGUGGAGUUAUAGAGCAAAAUGUGUGGUCACUAUUUUUCAAGUGUUUGGAUUCUUUGGUAUAUAACCUUUCCUCAAUGUAUCCCCAUAAGGAUUCAUUACACACCUUCAUUUCUUCUAUCCAUUUUGUCUGUCUUUGGACAGUGCCAACUUUCAACUGCCACAUGCCAACUACACCCCCCUCCCACCUGCAAGGCAGUGGGGUACUACUAAGUUUAUGUUCUAGGAAUUUUUUCAAGUGUUUAGACUCUUUGGUGUCAAAUAACCUUUCCUCAUAAUGAAUCCCUAUGAGGAUUCAUUACACACCAAAGAGUCUAAACACCUCAAAAAUUCCUAAAAUAUAAAGUGAGUAUCCAGUGGCUUGUGGAGUAAUUGACACAUGGGAUGCCACUACUUCCCCACCCUGCCUGCAAAGCAGUGGGGUCAAAAUAAACAGAAGAAAUGAAGGUGUGUAAUAAAGACACCAAAGAAUCUAAACAUAAAAAUUCCUAAAAAAUAAACUGAGUGCCCCAGUGUGUGUGUGGAUGGGAGUUGACAGACGGCACUUGACAGUUGGCACUGUCCACUGACAGUCAAAAUGAAGAGAAGACACGAAGACACAUAAUAAAUCCUCAUAGGGAUUCUUUAUGAGAAAAUGUUAUUAGACACCAAAGAAUCCAAAUACUUGAAAAAUCAUGACCACACAUUUUGCUCCAUAACUCCACUUCUACAAGGGCUAGAGCUUAGCUUAAAGAAUCUAUCUAUCUAUCUAUCUAUUUGGGGAUCCAUGUUAGGGUUAGGAUAGGAUGACUUUGAAUCCCUAUUAUUUCCUAUGAUGAAAAUAUACAAAGUCAGUAAAAAGUACCCCACUGCCUUGAAAUAUGGGUGGUAGGUGGCACCCAUGGGGACCUACCCACCACUCAAAUUUGGUGCCCCAGAACCUUUGUAUGUGGUCCAAAUUUAUCUCAAUCUGAGUCAAAAGAAAUACAAAUUGAAUCUGGGGUGAUUCAGGGGAACAGAUUUGAACACAAAACAAACCAGGGGUGAUUUGAUUUGGGCACAAAUCAAUUCGACAAAAUUGAUUCGUGCACAUCCCUAUAAGCCUUUACCUACCUACCAACUAGUGUUGGCUUCAUACUAGCCUGAUUGUCCUGUUAAAAAGGAUUCUGGAGCAUGACGUGGUGCCAUGGGCUGGUGGGGCAGAAGCUGCUCCUGCCUGCUACUGUGAAUUGAAUUGAAAGAGGAACAAAGCUAAGUUUUGUCACAUACUUUCAUACGAAAACUUUCCAUUUCUGACCCUUCUGGUCUUUCUUCUAACCUGUGGUCCAACGUAUGUACGUUCAUAGGCAGGUGGACUACAAUAGGCCUGCACAAUAUGUGACCCACCAAACUGAAUGUAACUCACCAGCCAUGCAUGGUGGUCCACUAAAGCCUUAAUGAUUUCACUGCCUGACUGGGACUGCUAAAAUAGAGUUAUUUGUCAUCUGGUAGAGUACAAAGCAUGGCUCAUGGUGGGGCACAUUCAGUUUAUUAGGUCACAAGCUGGAUAGGCCUGCAUUAUAACAGAACAGUGAUGAGCCCUGAACAGCAUGUAUUAGGAAUAGUUCCACUAAAUAUAGAUUGUAGCUAAUCAUAAUUUGAGUUUAGUGUCUGACAUAUUGUAUAAAGUUAUGCAUGCAGUGGAACAUGUUUGCAUAGCUGCACUAGUGAAAAAAUUGUGUGGUUAUGUUACAAUGAUGUCAUUAUAUAAACUGGUGUCACUGACACAUUCCAUCCCUAUGAUUUUUGCACUAACACAACAGUACUCUUGUGCAACUACAUGAACAGUAUGUUCCACCAUGUGAAUAGCAUUGCACAGUAUGUCAGCAGCUGAUCGUGAGCUCUAGGCUUUUUAUAUAAAGAUAUUUGACCCUUGUAAUUCUGCAUUGUAUACAAAAUAACAUUUUUUUGUACAAUGAGGCACUGUAAUUCAGGAGUUGAGUGCAUGUUGUGUACAUAUUACACACCCCUCCCCCAGUUUGAUUCUCAGUAUCUCCCAUUAGCAUGUACUCAACUAUAGUGGACUAGUAUAGGAUGCUCUCUACCGAGUUCUUCUGGAUUGAAGGCCUCUUGACAGCACUGGGUUAUUGAUCCAAUUAAGACAAUGGGCAUUAUCACACAAAUCUUCAAGCAUCUUUGUGCCUUUUAUUUGUGUGCAUAUGUGAAUGCUUAUGAGUAUUCAAGUGAAUGUUCAUUUCCUGCACCUGACAACAUGCAACCUGGCUAAAAGAAAUGUUACAUUAAGGUGCCACAGAACGCUUUGUUGUUAUUGCUACAACAGACUAAAACAACAAACAGAACUACUUUUUAAUCAACUGUACGUUCAAGAUACAGACAUAGGAAAUAAAAAGCUCACUGAAACUUCACAUAUGAAAACUGCCUGAAGCAGCUCCAAUUUUUAUACUUAACAGGCAAGAAGCAUUAGCUGCUUCAAGAGAAUGACUUUAAUGAACCAAUAUUAAUUAACCAGCCAACUUUAAAGACUCCUCACCAUUCUUUAAGAAAUGUAGAGGUAAUUGAUAUUUUUUACAGACUUUUUUGUUUGGUGUGUUAGGAAUACAUUACCUGUGUGUAACUUCAUAUUUGUUACAUUCAUAUAUACCUCAUACAUUUUUGCUCUGGCUUGCCUCUUGUUUGUAUAUAUGUAACAGCAGUCACAUGGUGACGUGUGUAUCUCAGAUAACAUUGAUAUGAAAAGUGGGUACAAUAUAUGCAUUUUAUGUGAAAGCUAUCUAAUUUAACCCUGUUUGAUACUUUAUUUGCAUGUUCAGAUCACAGUAGCCUAGGCAUCCUGAAGUUACUGAGACAAUGUGCUGUGUGAUAAAGUGGUUUUUAAAGGC